UAAUUUUAUUACAAUAUCAUAUGCUAAAAGUGUACGAAUUUUAUGAAUUUUUUCAGCAGUGUACAUUUUGCCAUAACUUUCCUCAUACUUAGUUGCAUUAUCUCGGUUGGAUAAGGUGAUGGGGUGCCAGACGAAGACGGUCACCUCGGGGCGGCCAUCCUCUCGCGCGUCGGUGGUCCGUUUGCGCGUCGGAGUAAACUCUCGAAUAAACAAUCCGCGGCGGCUCGGCGGAGGCUCGGUCGAGGGAUCGCGCAUGCGCAGUGGCGGCGUGGCGCGCAGCGCGCUCGGCUCGUUUGUAGGUCGCCGCUCGCGCGAAGUCCGCUCGUUCCGGCGGACCGGCACCUUCAGUCACACGAGGGCCUCAAAAGACGCAGGAGAGACAGCCGCACGCGAUCCGGCCGAGGCUGCGCGCGACAGCCAUUUGUUUAUCCCGGAAGAGGCCUAGAGAGGGACGGACCUCGGAAAGGAGUGACCUAGAGAAGAGCAGGAAAGAGACGCGCGUUUACUUUCGGGGCUCUCCGCUCGAGCUACGCUCGCGACCGGCCGAUUCGAUUCGCGCAGGCGCGCGCUUUUCUGCGACCAGUCGACUUCGACUCGUCCACCGAGGGCUCUGUUUUCCAACCGUGCGAUCGCGGCCGCGCGUGACGAGGCGCAACGGGACGGACGUCGGAAGCAGCGCCGCCGGGAGAUGGUGUACAGCGGCUUCGAGAUGGAAUCGAUGCCACAAACAGUGCCCACGGCCGCUGGCUUCUCGCCAUCGUUCGACUACAGCACCUUCCAGUUCGACCUGUCCCUUUUGCCAGAGGAGUACAACGUUCAGAACACGCAAAUCACCCUGAAGCCGACCCAAAUCAAGCAGGAAGUCCAUUCGCCCCGUCCCGCUUCGCCCACAACCUACCCCAGUCCGCCGUAUCCUAGGUUAACUGGUGAAUUAUCCCCGAAUUACUCUCAGGACGGUUCGCCAGGGUAUCCCACGAGUCCUUGUUACGUUCCGCACAGCCCACAAAGCGCCCAGUUCUAUCCAACAAGUCCCGAACCAUCCAAACAGCCGGUCAAGAGGGAAAAGAGCCUCGACCUCUUGGCUAUCCUCCAAGAAUCCAGACUGCUUGCAGAGAGCCUGGGUUACAGGGAGGACUCGACCGACUGCACUGUACCUUGCACUCCACCCAGAACAGAGGAAGACAUUUACAACUCCUUGGACUCGGAUUUUUUCCCCCGAAAAGAGUCUUCCAACUCCCUUUUGAAAGAGAUCCUCUUCAAGGAGGAACCUCUGUCAUCGGCUUCUCCGUCAUCUUCGUCAUCUUCCUCGACUUCCUCGGCGUCCCCACGACCUGCGGAACUCGAAACUUCCCCUCUUCGAGAACUCCUCUACAAGGGGAGUCAAAAGAGUAUCCUGGAGGAAGUAUCAACGAUAAAAGUUGAACGACAGCAAGAGGAAGUACUAACCGUGAAGCUCGUCAAUCCUGCCCAGAGGGAGGAAAGCCUCUUCAAGGACGGACAAAAGAGCGACCAUCAAUUACUCAGAGAAGUCCUGCGGGACACCAGCUUCCAACGAAAGUACAAUCUGAGGCCCGUGGACCUCGGUAGCGUUGGUACUGGAUUCGUCGAGGACAUGGAGGGCAACGAAUGCGUCGGUGACCUCGCCAGGGAACAAAUCGAACCCGUCCUUAGCCUCGCGAUCCAGCAACUCCAGAAGGACUUCGACAACACUUGCGUGGCACUAGGUAUCCACCCUGAACCACGCCGCUGGAGUGCGGCCGACGUUGCAGCUUGGGUGCAAUGGGCGAGAGGGCAAUUACAAUUACCCUCGGUACCUCUAGAAAGCUUCAACGUUGACGGAGCUACCUUGGCGACCUUCACGGAGGAAGAAUUCUGCCAGAGAGCACCCGAGUGCGGCAGUAUGUUGCACGCGCAGCUAGAAAUCUGGAAGGCAGCGGUCGAGGAAUCCCCUAGAAAUACCCUAGCGGCCUCAUGGAGCCCCACGGCGGUAGUUCUUUCCCCUGGCAACGGCGCUGUCAGCGUCGCCUCGCCUCUGAACAGCACGGGACCAGGAAGUGUCAAGGGAUCCACUUGCACCGUAGACUUUUCCGAUGACGAAGACGAGGAAACCAGUCCGACCCAGACCACGGGAGGGGUUAAAAUCAGAAACGGAGGUUCGCACAUCCACCUCUGGCAGUUUCUGAAGGAGCUCCUCCAAAGUCCUGGAGCUCACGGGUCCUGUAUCCGCUGGCUGGACCGCAACAAGGGUGUCUUCAAGAUCGAGGAUUCCGUGAGGGUAGCUCGUCUCUGGGGCAAGCGGAAAAAUCGGCCAGCGAUGAAUUACGACAAGCUGAGCAGAAGUAUACGGCAAUACUACAAGAAGGGGAUUAUGAAGAAAACGGAGCGAAGCCAAAGGCUCGUCUAUCAGUUUUGCCAUCCGUAUUGCCUCUGAGAAACGGAAGAGGAUCACGAAGAGCAGCUUACGUAGACCGAGGUCAGUCCAUCAGGUCCACCCCCAUGUUCCUAUCACCCCUAAGGUAAUUUCUCCCUUUCGCGAUCGCUCUCAUCGUGGUCAUAUUGGUCCUUGCUCGGUCGCGACUCGUCCCGGCCGUCGAGAACCCCCUUUUGUACAUUUUGUAACCCGGAAACCGGCGUCUCGAGGAAGCAGACCCGAUCGGGCUCGAGACCGAGCAACGACGUCGAACUCCCGUCUCUCUCCUUCGCCGGAAGUCGGACCCGCGUACUCGCUCCGGGCGCGGAAGGAGAGAGAGAAAGAGACUCCAUCUCCGAGGAGGUCGACCAUGAGAAAGGAAGGAGCAAGAAUCCGCCGUGUUAGGAUUAUUUCGGAAAUAAUCACUAACAACGGCCGCGGUUCGCCAGAGUACGCCCGUUAGGGCGGCCCCCACCCCCUCCCGCCAUAUCAUCCCUCGUGGUCAUCGAUUGGCGCUAUCGGCUUCGAGAAUUGGCCGGUAAGCAAAAACGAUAUAUCUAUUUAUUAUCGCGCUCGCUCGCUCGCUCGCGCUUACGCUAGUAUUAUCCGCCCCCUUAUUUCCAUGAGAUAUACCGGCAGAGAAAGAGUAACAUCCGAGGUUCAUUGUCGAUCUUCGCUCCCUCGUGACUUUCGUCCAUCAAGGUGCAAGAACAAGGGUAGUCCACCCCUCGAGAAAUGUUCCUACAUUUUCCCCCUGGGAGAAGGGAUGGCCAAAUACACGUGGAAAUAUGGUAGGCAAUUAUUAAUCCUUAAAGUACUACUCCAGCGUUUCUGCGCGGGCGGGCGGGCGCCACCCAAAGAAGCGCCUCAUCCCUAUCUCGCACUUCGAAGGGCGCGGGAGGUACGUCCCGCGUCGAGUUCGUCCAUUUCACUCGUUACUUCCCUUCCCUGUAAGCACCCUUCGGCUCUUCGUAAAGGUACAUAAGAACAAGUUAUAAGCCUCUUCUUAUAUAAUUGCUUGCUGGUCCCUCCCGGUAAGUUCCGACCCGUGGCCAGGGGCUCGACCGGAGCGGACGGAACCGUUCGUCCCUACCUGGUCGAGCUUGCCGCUUCCCGAGGAAGGUGCCCCGUUCCGCGUUCCCAAAUCUGAACCCUGACCGCGUCGAAUCGAGGAAUCGCUUUCGACCGAUCGGUCGAUUGGUCGAUUCGCGAUCCCCGGACCGAUCGACGGGGAACACCCUUUCGAUUGGUCCUUCCUCCGGGGGGAUGUUCGACGAACACCCGGGACGCGGAACUGGGCCUUCACCUCGCGAAAGACGGCGCCACGCGGAACGCCUUCGGUUGGGAUCGGUGAUUUUGGUCCCAUAUAUCUAUGAUAUAUUAAAUAUUGUAUGUUCCAUGAACGAUUAGGCUUAAGGUGGUUAGGUUAAGGCAGCGACUCACGUGGGCCGCUGAGUUACGGUAGGACCGAUGAGGGUUGAUUCUCUAACUCGAGUUUGGCGGAAAUGCUCGUUCUGCCAUUCUCACUGGGGUGAAGAUGUAAGUUGCUUCGCGGAAGAGUACUCGACGUGAUGUAAAAAUAAAAUUACGUUAACGGUCAUAAACUUAAAAAAAGUCAUAUAAGAAAUUUCCAAACAAUGCGUACCAGAUAACUUUCGAAAUUACAGCACGGUUUUAUAAGGUUUUAAAUUUAUGUAGAAUUUUAUAAUAAGUGGAUAGUAAUUCCCUAUUGAGACAUCAAUUUUAUAAUUUGAUUGCAACCUUAUUUACUUAAAGUGUAUGGAUUUUAUGAAUUUUUUUUAAUAGUGUAUACACACUCGUGCUCGGGCAUUUUCACCAUGUCUUUAAUUUAGGGAUUUUAUAUUCUCACUCGGCGGAUACGGAAUCGGGGAAAUAAACUCACGUGAGGAUGACAGGGUGAGAAGUGAGCACUCUCGCCGAAGAUACAGAAUCGACCCUCAGGAGGUGCACGCGACUCGCCUGAAGGGUUAAACUUGCGAGAAAACGUUUCCAGGCUUUUACUUUUGAUUUCUUCCGAACUUGGUAUACGUGUGGUGAGGUUUAACAUAAUUGACAUGUGUCUUUUUUACCGAUUCUUAUCGGUUUUGGCUUAUGAUUUUUUUUUUAUCUCCUGGUAGCUAAUUUCAUCCGUACCUAACCCAUUGUUUAUGUGUAAAGUUUUCUCCCUCUUUGUGGUCCAAAUGUCCGCAGACGCUUUAUGAAUGGCGAAUUAUGCAGUAAAUUAACGUUUUUAUGACACCGUCAUGAAACAAGAAUGCACAUCUUUCGAUAGACAUUUUUUUUUAAUAUUUACCCUGUACGCGGUAAGUGCCUGGAACCAUUUCCUCGUUAAGAAAACUCGCGUCGACCUCGCCAGAUAUUGUUUUUCUUUUUUUUUUUUUUUCGAUUAUUAUACCUUAGAAAUUUAUUCCUGCGGCACUGGACGUGCAUCUAAUUAUUCGAUUCAAUAAGCCUAUGUACGUACGAGCACAUUCCCGGUUGAUAAAACGACCGCUGGUUAUCAUCGCAAGAAGUUGCACCUGUUGAAUCCGUUCUACACCUGAUUUCAUUGGAGGUUUUCCAACGAUACCAGGUGAGGUCGAAAAUGUCCGUCGUCUGGUAAAUCGCAUCUUAUCAGACCUUUGAAACAUUUCUCAUUGACAGCUUCGUGCCUUAUGACUUCUUGCGUGUACUCGUGCCCUAUAUCAGUUGCGGUUUCGUUAUCUUCGAGUACCUAGGCAUUAAGUUUAUUUAUAUAAAUAUUUCAUAUCCGACCUCGGAAUUUCGGCGCAGCAGGGGGGGCAAAAUUUCUGCACAUUUGUCCCGGUACUUCUGCGCCAGAUUUUUCGUUCAGUACUAUGCAUUACCGUACGUAACGUCGUAGGGGUCUGUACAUAGGAUCGGUGGCACAAGAGCGCGCGAAAGUUCCGAGUACGUUUACGCGCACGAUGGUACUUAUAUUUAUAUUUAUUAUAACGUUAUCAGGAGGAUUAAGUUAACUAUAACGAGGCCAAGCCUCCCGUCCGAGCCUUACGUCCGCUCAGCGGUGUAUUUUAACGAUAAGCAAGGAUUCCUCCUUGGAGGUACCCUCUGUUCGCCACGAAAUGAACACGUGGUCCAUGAACUUUCUCUCCGCGAUUCAAGAGCAGGUCCAGGGACUUGUGCGUGGCCAAAUUCGACAAUACUCACCGCGAAAGAGCGGCCAAUUAAUAUAUCGAGCUUCUUCUCCAAGCGUUAGUUCGUAAGGUUCGAUUACUCUCGAAGUACCAUUACUCGGGACCCGACUCGAGGGUGGAAUGUUUGGUACCAUUCUUUUCUUACUUUCGAGGAAAGUACUUCAAUCGCACGGCUUAAGGUGACAUGAAAAUGAUAUAUACAUAAUUAAACUUUAACACGUGAUUAUGG